UCAGCUUUUAUGUAAACAAUAUUUUUUACUGAUCAAAAGUCGUUCUGAACCACCGCCAACCAAUCUUUGGCUGAAGUAGACGGUUUUCGUCAUACAUUUAUUUUACAACUUUUGAUCGUCGUCGCCCUCGCUUUCGUGUACAUCGACCGUGCUUAUGUUCCGUGGAGAGUAUGCAUGUUGUGUGCGUGUGUGGCAUCGUAUGUGGAAAGUGAAUCUUUAAGCGAAAGAAGAUAAAGGAAAACACGAAGCAUCAUGGAGCAUUGCUACGAUAAAUUUGCAUCGUCUGAGAUGUAAACGUGUUUCAUAAAGGAAAAACUAGUGAUUACAUUCAGUUACUCUCGCUUGUAGCUCGUUUUGCUUCAGCAGCUGACCCGCUUCGAGGUAAAAUCCUAGAGUUCGUCAACACCAACACACGUCGUCGAAGUAUACGGUGCAAGGUGCUUUUUCGUCAUUUUUUACUCCAUUAAUGUGAGAAAAACCCUCCUCCCGUGCAUAGUUGAAGCGUGUGACGUAGGCGAGGCUUUUGUCGUAGAAAGUCUAUUGUUUGUUGCCAGUUGUUGCACGAAAACGGGGCUCAAACCGGUUGCUUUGCCAAGCUGAGCAUCACAAACGGACUCCAAACUGGAACGGGACAGGAAAACUCGAGGCAUCAGCAACACUUCCACCACAGCAAGAAACAACGGUGGAAGUACAUCGCUAGGUGUGGAAGUGUCGGCAGAAGCGACGGCAACGACGGAAGCGGAUACGAACACCACCGGCACCGAGAAAAAGAAGAUGAACGGUUUGAGCUUCAGUGAACUGUGCUGCCUGUUCUGUUGCCCUCCAUGCCCCGGCCGCAUCGCAUCAAAGUUGGCCUUCCUGCCGCCUGAGGCCAGUUACGAUUUGAAACCGGAAGCCGAGAGCGCCAACAGCAAGUUCACCCUGACACUGUACGAUAAGGCCGAUUGGCAGUACAGCGACCGAGAAAAGGAGUGCUUGGAGGCAUUUUAUGCCCGGUCUUCCCGCGGCAACAGGAUCGCUUGCCUGUUCGUCAAAUGCAGCGCAAAUGCACGGUUUACCCUUCUCUUCUCACACGGAAAUGCUGUCGACCUCGGACAAAUGACGACAUUUUUCAUCGGUUUGGGUCAACGCAUCAACUGUAACAUCUUCAGCUAUGAUUAUUCCGGGUACGGCCAAAGUACCGGUAAACCAACGGAAAAGAAUCUCUACGCAGACAUCGACGCCGCCUGGCAUGCACUGCGCACUCGGUUCGGCAUUAGCCCGGAAAACAUCAUUCUCUAUGGGCAAAGCAUAGGCACGGUACCGACGGUGGACCUAGCGAGCCGAUACGAGGUCGGUGCAGUGAUUCUACAUUCCCCGCUCAUGUCGGGUAUGCGCGUCGCCUUUCCUGCCACCAAACGUACCUGGUUUUUCGAUGCAUUUCCUAGUAUCGAUAAGGUGCCCAAAGUAACUUCGCCCGUACUGGUGAUUCACGGCACCGAGGAUGAGGUCAUCGAUUUUUCCCACGGUAUGACAAUCUACGAGAAGUGUCCAAGGGCCGUGGAACCACUGUGGGUGGAGGGCGCCGGGCACAAUGAUGUUGAAAUGUACAGUCAAUAUCUGGAGCGGCUGAAGCAGUUCGUAUCGGUUGAGCUGGUCAACUGACAAAAACUUAACAAACGCGGAGGCGGCAGUGGUGGCAAGCGUAGCAAAGGCGAUGGUACCGGAACCGAAGGCAAAGACGAUGGCGAUAAUGCGGAGGAAGAGGAGGAUGAAGAUUUAAACACAGAUGAUGAAAUAUUAAAUGCAUCGAUUACAAUAAGCUCAAAUUCCACCAAUGAUGCAUCGACGAUUGAAAAAUUACUCUAGCAUCAGGGACCGGACGGGGUCAGCGAGAGUGAUCUCGUGGCCUCCGUCGCACCGAAGGCUGAUCCAGCCGCCCGUUCUGAAGGUGACGGGAGGGAUACAACUGAUGAGCAGCAGCAGCGUGAACCACCAACCGA